CAUAUCUCCAAGAAGCUUCUUCUUCUUCCUCCCUCUCUCUCUCUGUGUGAUAUAUAUAUAUUUAUAUAUAGUAUAAUCAUACAUGUCUUGUAUAAAAGAAGGUGGCGAGUGAUAGGGAGAGCAUGUGAUUUGAUGAAUUGGAUUCGAUUUCUGUGUAAAAGCUGAGGAUUCUCUGCGCUUCUCACUUUGGUUUGUUUGCCAUUUUUAAUAAUUCGAAAGGAAGAUCUAAGAGUAUGCAAAUAUAACCACAAAGACAGAGAGAGAGAAUUCAUGUCUGAUUUUCCAGGAAAGGUACCCUGAUUUUGCUGGAACAUUUCUGUCUCUCGCAUCCCGAGGAGCUUAAUUUGGUUUUUUACUCUCUCUCUCUCUCUCUCUCUCUCUCUCUCUCUCUGUAUCUCAGUUCUAGGGUUUGUUUGUAAGUUAAGAAAAACGCUCGUUUCUAAAUGUUUCAAGCUCGUUUUUUACUUAGAUCUCCAUUUUGUCUAGGGUUUGUUGUGUGAUCUGUGUUAAUUGAUUGUUUUCUUUGUAUCUCAAUUACAAUGGUCAAUCUCUUGUCUUGAAAUAUCAUUUCUGUAUUCUAGGGUCAUUUCAACUAUCCGUUUUUUCUUUUAUUCGUUGCCUAUUAUAGCUUCGAAGAAUAGAUACUGAAUCUCAUUUUAUAGAGCUGAUAAUUUCUUUGCCCUAAGAUUAGGAUAUCCUUUGCUCUUUGAUUGUUAGAAUUUGUGGUGGUAUAUUGCUCAGUAUCACUACCUGUUGGUUUUCCCCUAUCUGUUAUGUGCAAAAUCUUUUAAGUUGUAGCUUUCUGCAAGGUUUUGAGAUUUGUCUAGAUGGAUAAGGAUAAAGCCCUAGGUCACUGUAGCGGUCUACCACCUCCAUCUGGUCGUUUCUCUAGUUUUUCACCAUCUGGGAGUAAUUUUAAUGUGAAACCGGAGCCAUCAUCGUCUGCAUUUCCUCCACUGGCUCCAGGUGCGAGUUCGGACCCUGGUCAUUUUGGUCAUGGAUCAGAUUCUAGCCGCUUUAGUCAUGACAUUAGCCGGAUGCCUGAUAAUCCACCUAAGAAUUUGGGUCACCGUCGUGCUCAUUCAGAGAUCCUCACUCUCCCUGAUGAUAUUAGCUUUGAUAGUGAUCUUGGAGUUGUAGGUGGUGCAGAUGGACCCUCUUUCUCUGAUGAGACUGAGGAAGAUUUGUUAUCAAUGUACCUCGAUAUGGAUAAGUUUAAUGCAUCCUCUGCCACAUCGGGCAUGCAAUUGGGAGAGUCAUCAGCCCUAACACCAGCAGCACCAACAUCAGCACCAGCUCAAGCACCAGUAGAUGUCAGUGCUGGGCCUAGUGAAAGGCCUAGAGUUAGGCACCAACACAGCCAGUCCAUGGAUGGGUCAACCACUAUCAAGCCAGAGAUGCUCAUGUCAGGUGUGGAUGAUGUUUCAGCAGCUGAUUCUAAGAAAGCCAUGUCUGCUGCAAAGCUUGCUGAACUUGCUCUUAUUGAUCCUAAACGUGCGAAAAGGAUCUGGGCUAAUAGACAAUCAGCUGCAAGGUCUAAGGAAAGGAAGAUGCGAUACAUAGCUGAACUUGAACGGAAAGUGCAGACACUGCAAACAGAGGCAACAUCAUUGUCUGCUCAAUUGACUCUAUUACAGAGGGAUACAAAUGGUCUGACUGCUGAAAAUAGUGAACUCAAAUUGCGGUUGCAGACGAUGGAGCAACAAGUUCACUUGCAAGAUGCAUUAAACGAUGCACUGAAAGAAGAAAUUCAGCAUCUGAAAGUGUUGACUGGUCAAGCUAUGGCAAAUGGUGGUGGGUCCAUGAUGAACUUUUCUUCAUUUGGAGGGGGCCAACAGUUCUAUCCCAACAAUCAUUCAGUGCAUACUCUUUUGACCACACAGCAGUUUCAACAGCUUCAAAUUCAUUCUCAGAAACAACAGCAUCAGUUCCAGCAGCAUCAACUGCAUCAGCUUCAGCAGCAACAAUUGCAGCAGCAGGAUCAACAGCAGCAAGUUGGAGAUUUGAAGAUGAGAGGAAAUAUGUCUUCUCAAAACCUGAAAGAUAAUGCAUCGGAUGUUAGCUCUACUGCAACCAAUGACUGAGGGAUUUGGCCACUGGGCCGUGUUGUACAAGGGUGGCAGCUUUUAUGUAAAAUCCUAGUUGCAGUCUGUUGUCAGAUAGGAUGUCCUCACUCUCUCUCUCUCUCUCUCCGAAACCUCAUUUUAUUAAUUUUUUCCCCCAGUAUGUUUAAGAACAUUUAUAUUAUAUAUUUAUUUUAGGCAAUUCUAUAUUCUAAGUUCAGUCUGAGAUUGAAUUAUGUGAUAUAUUUACAUGAUAUAGUGUAUGUAGGAACAUCUUUGUUCUGAUUUCAUA